AGGAGGGACUUCCUCUGGAGCAGCAGUUUAAUGGAAAGCUGCUUCUGGGCUGACACGUAACUAAAAUUAAAGGUACUUCAGAGGCCUCGACCUGGACGCGGAUUUCUCAACUUUAACGCAAGCUUGACGGAACUGCGUCGGAAACGUCUGAAGGAGGAAGAGGAGAGAACGUAGUGGCCCUGAAGCGGGAAGCCUGAGAUUUCUUGUUUUGCAUUACAGAACUGGGCAGAGCAGGACUUUGACUUGAAGUGAAGCGAAGAUCUGAGCGACUCCUUUGAAGUGGAGUUGACUAGGCUAAAAUAAUGCAUGCCGAAGCAACUGUUUACACGUAAAGCGGUGCCGUUUUGUGAGUGGAAAUGCUCGGGGAGUGACUGGGAGGGGUGCAAAAAAGUUGAGUCGGAAGUUUCCACCAGCAGAGACGGGGCUUUCUCGCGCAGACGGCGGGGAGGGGUGCGGGUCCAACAUGGGAAACGGGGUGUGCUCUCGCAGGCAGCGGCGGAUCUUCCAGUGCCUGCUGCUGGUCACCGUGGUCUGCGGGAUGAUGUACGGGGGACUCAUGUCCUAUGAGAUGCAUAAACAGCUCAGGAGGACCGAGGCGACGGCACUCAAGUACCAACAGCACCAGGAGUCCCUCUCGGCACAGCUCCAAGUGGUGUAUGAGCAUCGAUCAAGGUUGGAGAAGUCUCUUCAGAAAGAGAGGUUAGAGCACAAAAAGGCCAAAGAAGAUUAUCUUGGUUAUAAACUUGAAGCGGAGCAAUCUCUGAACAAAGAGAAGCAGGAUGCCAACAGCAAACUCAACUCCUUACAGGUGCAGCAUCAGAUGCUAAAGAAUCAGCAUGACGAGCUGAAGAGGCAGUACUACGAGCUAAACGAGCAGCACCAAGUGCAAGGCGAGGACCACAGCCGGCUGCUGGACGAACACAGAGAUCGCUACAAUAAACUGCAGCAAGCCAAAGAGGUGGAGGUCUCCCAACUUAAAGAGCAUGUUUAUAACCUGAGAGAAGAAAAUAAACAACUGAGGAAAGCCCACCAUGAGAUUCACACCCAGCUACAGGAUGCCCAGCUCAAGCAUCAGAACCUGAAGGCCGUCCACGACCAGCUUGCACUGACCCUAGAGGACCACAAGAGUGCGCUAGCUGCAGCUCAGGCCCAGGUGGAUGAAUACAAGCAGUUCAAAGAGACUUUGAACCGGGAACCAAACCGGGUACGACCCGAUCCAAACUCUAUUGCUCAGCAGCUGCAUGCAGCCGCAGUAACAGCCGAGUCCCAUGUUCACCAAUCCCAGCAGGCUGCUAAAGAGACACACGCUCAGGGAGAACAGCGCCCCCACUGGGACACCGAGUCAAGGUUGGAUAAUCAGGAAGAGAAGGAGGCCAACGCCCAGUCUGACGUCAAUUCCCACCCUGCUGUGUCCCAGCCUGGCCUGUUUGAGAGGGAUGAGGACAGAGAGGGAGAGGCUGAGAGGAAGAGGGAGCUGGCAGAGGAGGAGAUGGCUCAAGCAGGACAGCCUCAGAAGCUGGAGGAGGACCUGGACCAGGCGCAUGAAGAGCAGAUGGAGGAGGAGGAGAGGGAGGAAGAGCAGCCUGAUGAGAACGCGUUGGACAGACAGAGACGGCAGCCACAGCUGGACAACCAUGUUGAGCUGCACCAGGGGGCUCAGCUGCAGCAGCAGCAGCAGGCGCCAGCUCAGGUGUACCACCUGAAGUCAGCCUACGAGCAGCAGCAGGAGCAGUGGCGCCUGGAGGCCCAGAGGGACAACGAGCGCAGGCAGAUCCAGAUGCGACAGGAAGCGCUGCAGGCGCAGCGAGAGAAGGUGCUGAAGGAGAGGGAGCAGCGGCUAAAGGAGGAGAAGGAGCGAGAGGAGCAGCAGAACAGGGAGGCUGACAGAAAAGAACAGCUGCUGAGAGAGGAGCACCAGAGGAAAAGAAUGGAGUAUGAGAACAUGGAUGAAGACGUUCCAAGAGAAGAGGACCGUCACACUACUAAUGAAGAAGAGAGAGACGUUCACAUGUUACAUGAAGAGGAACAGGAGGAGAAACAACCAGCUCACAUAGCAGCCCCACAUCAGGGCGGCAUGGCCGGUGAGGUAGAUCCUGAAGAUGACCCCAACAACCAGGGAGAGGACGAGUUUGAGGAGGCUGAGGACGAGCGUCUGGCACACAGGGCUGCUGAGGAGGAAGAAGAGGGGGAGGAAGAGGAGCCAGCUGCUCCUGGCCAGCACAUAGUCUCUCAUCCGGGCCCCGGCCGACCUGCUAUGGAGGAGGAGCUGGUGAUGGCUGGAAACCCAGAUCAACAGGAGGAUGCACUGGAUGAUCAAUACCAGGAAGAAGACGAGGCCCAGGAGGAUGUAGCUGGUGGAGAGAAAAGGGAAGGAGAAGAGGAAGGGGAAGAUCCAUAUAAUGAGAACACGGAACAGAACAAAAACCAGGAUGGACCCAGAAAGAAACAGCACCACCAGAAUGGAGCGCACGAGGACGAAAAUUACGAGGAGGGAGAGGAGGAAGUGGAGGAGGAUGCAGCCGGUCAAGAUAAGGGAACCAAUCGAAGAGCAGAAAUGUAGGCUGAGCAGCUGCGGCGCAUUUUGUGCUGCUAGUGCAGCCA